AUGACGUACCAAGCCAAAUUAUCCAACGAAGGUUACAUCUACAAUAAAAAAGAUGGCUUAGUUGGUGGUCUGCAAACCUACGGUGUUAUUGAACCUGAGAUCAAGAUUCAUCAACCAGAACUUGGAUAUGUCUGGGAUGCCAUUGUUAUCGGCGCUGGGUAUGCCGGCUUGAUUGCUGCCCGUGACCUUGUCAAGGCUGGCAAGAAGACGCUCCUUCUUGAGGCACGCGACCGUGUUGGUGGCCGGACAUGGAGUGCUGAGGUUGAUGGGACGACUUAUGAUAUGGGAGGAACCUGGGUCUCGCACGUCCAUGGCCGCCUUUUUGCAGAGAUGCAGCGGUAUGGCCUUCAGGACCAAGUGACAAUGACGCGCACUGAGAACGGUGGUUGCUCUUACUUCACUCUCGAUACUGGAUCAGGAUCGCGAAAGUUUUCCCUCCAGGAAGCCGGAGAGAUGAGCGCCCGAGCCUGGAAGAUCUUCAUCAACAUUGACGGCAAUGAUUGCCGCGAUAUCUGCCCUCUUCCAUAUUCGUCCCUUGGAAAUUCUCGUGUCUCUUUUGAGCAGGUCCAGGCCGUUGACCAACUCUCCUGCCGUGACCGCAUCGAACAGAUCAGACACCUACUUACCCCCGACGAGCUUGCCCUUAUUGAGUCGUUGGUCCCCCACUGCGGCGGAGGAUCAGUUGAGGAUAUGGGAUUUUUGGAAAUGGUUCGCGCUCAGGCUCUUCAAGGAUACAAUCCGGAAACAUUCGAAGAGAUAUGGACCCUCUACAAAAUUCGCGGAGGACAGUCUACCCUUGCACGUCGUAUUUUCGAUGACGCAGUGCGUCUUGGCCUUCAGUAUUCAUUCAAGACCCCCAUCAAAGCUAUCACCGACAGAGGUGGCAUUGUCCUCCUUACUCCAGCCACUAGCAAUACUCACAAUAGGGUCUAUCGCACGCGGCGCGUCAUCAACACUAUCCCUGUGGCCGUCCUCCCUACCAUAGAAUUUGACCCUCCCCUUUCUCCUCUUCGCCAGGAGGCCCUCAGAAUCAACCAGCUCGAUUACCUCACCAAAAUUCACGCCGAGGUUGAAGGUGAUCUACGCGGCCUUAGGGGAUGUACAUGGCCUGGCGACUUCCUCUAUGUAUACGGCGACGGGUUCUGUGCUGGUGGCAAAUCUACCCGCAUUACCUCCUUUGCCGGCGAUAACAGAGGCAUCCUGGACCCAUUGAAAGAGCCGGAAAGACUGGGAGCCGCCUUGAAACGUUUCCAUCCUAUGGAGAUCAGAAAAGUCGUAUUCCAUGACUGGGUCUCCGAUCCUUACGCCAAGGCCGGCGCCGCUUGGUAUCCCGCAGGCUUCCUCACUAAGUAUCUCGCCGAACUUCAAUCCCGCCAUGGAAAUGUGUUGAUGGCAAACUCUGACUGGGCAUCGGGGUGGAGAGGAUUUAUCGAAGGCGCCAUGGAGCAAGGGGCUUCGGCAGCGGACACCGUGCUCAACGAGAUUGGUGUUCUCGGGGCGAACCCUGGUCUCAAGUCGGCGCCUAGAAUCUAG